AUAAAAGUGAAAAGAUUGACAGGGGCAAUUUUUGUUUUGCUUUGGUGCUGGAGACUGAAUCCAAGGACGCAUGUGUGCUAAACGCCAGCUGGAUCACAGGGCCGGACCCCAGCCCGGAAUAAUGGGAUUUCAGCGAAGGGAGAGCUCACACUCGCCUCCCUGCCCUGGCUCAGUGGGCAUGCGCAGGUCCCUCACGCCCACUCCUGGCAACAGCCAAUCACCGUGCAGGCUGAGCGUGCCCGUCCAGGGCGACCGAUGCUCCUUAAAUGUCAGGGACAUCUGUGCUGAGCCAGUGGUGUUCCCGGCUGCACAGCGAAGGAUGUGAGCGGCUGACCCACCUGCUUCAGGAAGGAUCACAUCUUUCUUGAAGAAACCCGCUAAACUGCGGUGUCCGUGGACUAAUCCGAAAAGCCGCAGCUUUGAAUUCUUGUCCUCUGGGUUUGGGCGCGGAGGAGUGAAGACCUCGUUGGUAGCCGGAGGCCUGCAGGACGGAGGGGCACCCACUCGCACCACGCCAGCCCCAUGGCGUUCGCCUCGACGGUGGCCUCCCUCCAGGAGGAGAGCUGCUGCCCCGUCUGCCUCGAUUACUUCAAAGACCCGGUGACCAUCGACUGCGGACACAACUUCUGCUGUGACUGCCUGAGCGCGUGCUGGGAGGACCUGGCCGACACCUUCCCCUGCCCGAUCUGCCGCUUCUCCUACUACGACAGGAGCUUCCGCCGGAACCCGCAGCUCCGCAGCCUGGCGGAGGCUGUGCAGAAGCUGGGGGUGCGGAGGAGCAAGCGCAAGUGGCCGCAGCAGCCAGAGCGCGCUGCGUGCAAGAAGCACCAUCAGGCGCUGACGCUGUUCUGCGACAAGGACCUGGAGCUGCUGUGCACGCGCUGCAGCUUCACCCCCAAGCACCUGGACCACCACGUGAGCCCCAUCGAGAGCGCCGCGCCGCACCACCGCGGGCUGCUGGAGGGCAGAGUGGAGCCGCUGCGGAGCAGAGUGGAGCAGCUGGAGAAGAUGAUCGCGCUGCAGGGCAGCAAGACGCUGGAGCUGCGUAAGGAGGCCGAGGCCAGGAGGAGGGAGAUCGAGGAGGAGUUCGAGCAAGUCCGGCAGUUCCUGCAGGGCGAGCAGGAGGCUGCGCUCAGAAAGACACGCGAGGAAGAGGUGCAGAUCUUAGCAGAAGUGAACCGGAGCCUGGGCGCCUUCUCCGCCCAUGCGUCCGGUCUAAAGCGCCUGCUGAAGCACGUGGAGAACAGGAGCGAAGGCUCGGAUGUGGCUGUACUGAGGUCCCUGAAGGGCAUCGAGGACAGGUGGCAGAAGCUCAGGCGCCCCGACAGCUGCACCUGCACCCUGGAGCUGAGCGGCUUCGAGGUGAGGCUCCCCGCGCAGUUCUCCGGCCUGGGCCGGAUCGCGCAGCACUUCCGGGUCCAGGUGCUCUACGACCCGGCCACCGCCCACCCGCAGCUCACCGUCUCCGGCGACAAGAAGACGGUGCACUACCACGACACCUGGAGGACGGUCUGCUACGCCCCCAGGAGGUUCUACCUGUGCCCCGCCGUCCUGGGUCUUCAGAGCUUCACCAGCGGCCGGCACUACUGGGAGGUAGAGGUGGGCACCAAGCCCAAGUGGACGCUGGGCGCCUGCCGGGGCUGCCUGCCCCGCAACUGGCGCAACGCGGUGACGGCGUGCCCCGGCUUCUGGGCCCUUGGGCGCUGCGUGGACACCGGCUACCUCGCCUUCGGCCCCCAGAAAGCCCAGAUCGUGCCCAAAGUGAGGCCCAGCAAGAUCGGCGUCUUCCUGGACUACGAGCUGGGAGAGAUUUCCUUCUACAACGUGGACGACGGGUCCCUGCUCCACACUUUCCAUCAUCGUUUCACCAAAACCAUCUGGCCUUAUUUCUAUAUUGGAAGAGAUCCCGAGCCUCUUAAACUCCUGUCAGUGUCAGAUGAUGAAAUGUAAACAACCUGUUAAUCAUUGCAACUUACUCUUUAGGACCAACUGAACUUGAUCCCGUUUCCAGAAGCGUUGUAAGUUUCACCUUGCACCCAAAACCAGAAGAGAUUUUUUUCAUUCACCCACGUUUUCAGCAACUAUGAGAAACAUUACUGUCGUGAUGAUACAAUGCCAGUCUCAUAGAUAUGAAGUCAAUUAUCAAAUGUGAUUUGAUUUUUUUUUUUUUUUUUU